AGUUGGAUUAAUGAGCAGCUUGUAUAUGGAACAUCAAACAGAUGAUUAAGUUAACCCAAGAGCACCUAGAAGCCCUUUUAGAUAAGUUUGGAGGAGAACACAAUCCGCCAUCUAUAUACCUGGAGGCCUAUGAAGAGUACACUAGUAAGCUGGAUGCAUUACAGCAGCGGGAACAGCAGCUUUUGGAGGCCAUUGGGAACGGAACAGAGUUUUGCUCCUCGCCCACACCCAUCCUGCUGGAUGUGAAGGGGCCGGGCAUCCAGAGCGCCCCCGCCACCCCAAACACCUUAGCUGUCCUGCAGACCCCUACAGACGCAACACGAGGGAAUCCCCGCUCACCCCAGAAACCCAUAGUAAGGGUUUUCCUGCCCAACAAACAGAGGACAGUGGUUCCAGCUCGUUGUGGGAUGACUGUGAGAGACUCCUUAAAGAAGGCUCUGAUGAUGCGAGGCCUGAUCCCAGAAUGCUGUGCGGUUUACAGGGUUCAGGAUGGGGAGAAGAAGCCCAUUGGCUGGGACACAGACAUUUCCUGGUUGACGGGGGAGGAGCUCCAUGUUGAGGUUUUAGAGAAUGUGCCACUGACGACCCAUAAUUUUGUGCGAAAGACCUUCUUCACGCUGGCCUUCUGUGACUUUUGCCGGAAGCUGCUGUUUCAGGGCUUCCGCUGCCAGACGUGUGGCUACAAGUUCCACCAGCGCUGCAGCACAGAGGUCCCGCUCAUGUGUGUCAACUACGAUCAGCUGGAUUUACUGCUGGCAUCAAAAUUUCUAGUGCACUACCCUAUUACCCAUGAGGAGGCGUCAUCAGAGGGCACGACACCCGUGUCAGAGAUGUGCCCCUCCCUCCCUCCAUCCGAGUCCACUGGGUCUCUGUGCCAUCCUACUGUGUCCCCAUCCAAAUCCAUCCCUAUCCCACAGUCCUUUAGACCUGGAGAGGAGGACCACCGCAACCAGUUUGGCCAGAGGGAUCGCUCUUCCUCAGCCCCUAACGUCCAUAUCAACACCAUCGAGCCAGUCAACAUUGAUGAUUUGAUCCGUGAUCAAGGCUUACCGAGGUCAGAUGGAGCCCCCUCGCAACACCCAGCCCGCUGCUUGAGGAAGAACCGAACACGGACCUCAAGCCCCCUUCUGUCCUCCCACCCAAAUGACAUUGUCUUUGAUUUUGAGCCUGAGCCAGUAUACAGAGGCUCCACAACAGGCCUGUCGGCCACACCUCCUGCCUCCCUGCCUGGUUCCCUGCCCAAUGUGAAGGUGUCGAAAUCACCCUGCCAACCGAGAGAGCGGAAACCAUCGUCUUCAUCUGAGGACCGCAAUAAAAUGAAAACCCUGGGUCGACGGGACUCAAGCGAUGAUUGGGAGAUCCCAGAAGGUCAGAUCACCCUGGGACAGCGGAUAGGAUCUGGCUCUUUUGGAACGGUCUACAAGGGGAAGUGGCACGGUGAUGUGGCGGUAAAGAUGUUGAAUGUCACAGCCCCCACUCCACAGCAGCUACAGGCCUUUAAGAAUGAAGUGGGUGUCCUCAGGAAAACCCGCCAUGUGAAUAUCCUGCUCUUCAUGGGCUACACCACCAAACCCCAGCUGGCUAUAGUUACACAGUGGUGUGAAGGCUCGAGUCUCUACCACCACCUGCACAUCAUCGAGACCAAGUUUGAGAUGAUCAAGCUGAUUGACAUUGCCCGUCAGACAGCUCAGGGCAUGGACUAUCUGCACGCCAAGUCCAUAAUCCAUAGAGAUCUGAAGAGUAACAAUAUCUUUUUGCAUGAGGACCUAACAGUAAAGAUUGGUGAUUUCGGUCUGGCUACAGUGAAAUCCCGCUGGAGUGGCUCACACCAGUUUGAGCAGCUUUCUGGCUCUAUCUUGUGGAUGGCUCCAGAGGUAAUCAGACUGCAGGAUAAAAACCCAUACAGUUUCCAGUCAGAUGUCUACGCGUUUGGUAUUGUGCUCUAUGAGCUCAUGUCAGGGGCUCUGCCUUAUUCUAACAUCAACAACAGAGACCAGAUUAUCUUCAUGGUUGGACGGGGAUACCUGGCUCCUGACCUGAGUAAAGUGCGCAGUAAUUGUCCCAAGGCCAUGAAGAGACUUAUGGCAGAUUGUCUGAAGAAAAAGCGAGAGGAGAGACCUCUUUUCCCUCAGAUCCUGGCCUCUAUUGAGUUAUUGGCACACUCUCUGCCCAAGAUCCACCGCAGCGCUUCUGAACCGUCCCUUAACCGCGCUGGAUUCCAGACAGAGGACUUCAGCCUGUAUGCCUGCGCUUCCCCCAAGACGCCCAUUCAGGCUGGUGGCUAUGGUGAAUUCUCAGCGUUUAAAUAGUGCUGCAAAUCCUAAAACUCCAUCCCUUGUCAGUUUUUACGACGUCUUGUGUUCCUACGGUGGGUUCAUCCAUAACAACACAGAAAAGGACUAGUUUUCAAAGAAUGUGCCGUUUUUCUUCCACUUUACCCGAAGAGCUACGGCCUCAACGGAAUUGCUUUAAAAUAAAAUGAUCUCUGCAGGGUGUCAUUGGUGAUUUUACAAAAAUGUCAUAAACAUCACAUAGGACAACUCGAUAAAAAACGACUGAUGUGAGAAACCAACAGCUGGUCACUGGAAAGAAAAAGGCAAACAAACCCAAACAGAUUGUGGCAGGCGAUAAAAACCUUUCCCCAAGAAGAAAGAUAAAUGGGUUUGGGAUGAAUGAUAUUGGGAGCACAAGCCCCGCCUUUGCUCCGCCCCUGGAGGGGAAAAACACACAGCACUGGCCAGAAAACAGGGUCCAGUGGCAUGGAAUGAUGGGAAAAUUGGCACAAGAGAGAAUACGUCAAGUCGCAGUCGUGGAAAGGUGCUGAAUGUCAGGAGAUAACUUGAAUGAUAUUUAGAAAUGUUUUUUUCUCUUGCAAUGAGUUUGUUCCGUGACGUCGCCUGUGGCUGGAGUUACUAAUAAUAUAGAUUUCUUUUGUCUUCAGCAUUUUUUUUCCCCUCAAGGGUCAUCUGUUGUAGAUAAACAUACCCUUUUUUCUGUUACAGAUAUAGAUUGUGAAGAGGGGUAAAUGAAGCAAC